AUGGAGAUGGCUUGUGGCAAUUUGAGGGGCCUGCGGAACCUGCUGCUAGAUCUGAGGGGCCUGCUAAAUCUGCUGCUAGAUCUGAGUUACCUGCUGAACCUGCUGCUAGAUCUGAGGGGCCUGCUGAACCUGCUGCUAGAUCUGAGGGGCCUGUGGAACCUGCUGCUAGAUCUGAGGGGCCUGCUGAACCUGCUGCUAGAUCUGAGGGGCCUGCGGAUCCUGCUGCUAGAUCUGAGGGGCCUGCUGAACCUACUGCUAGAUCUGAGGGGCCUGCUGAACCUGCUGCUAGAUCUGAGGGGCCUGCGGAACCUGCUGCUAGAUCUGAGGGGCCUGCGGAACCUGCUGCUAGAUUUGAGUUACCUGCUGAACCUACUGCAAGAUCUGAGGGGCCUGCUGAACCUGCUGCUAGAUCUGAGGGGCCUGCGGAACCUACUGCUAGAUCUGAGGGGCCUGUGGAACCUGCUGCUAGAUUUGAGUUACCUGCUGAACCUACUGCUAGAUCUGAGGGGCCUGCUGAACCUGCUGCUAGAUCUGAGGGGCCUGCGGAACCUGCUGCUAGAUUUGAGUUACCUGCUGAACCUACUGCUAGAUCUGAGGGAUCUGAGGGGCCUGCUGAACCUGCUGCUAGAUAUGAGGGGCCUGCAGAACCUGCUGCUAGAUCUGAGGGGCCUGCGGAACCUGCUGCUAGAUUUGAGUUACCUGCUGAACCUACUGCUAGAUCUGAGGGGCCUGCGGAACCUGCUGCUAGAUCUGAGGGGCCUGCAGAACCUGCUGCUAGAUCUGAGGGGCCUGCGGAACCUGCUGCUAGAUCUGAGGGGCCUGUGGAGCCUGCUGCUAGAUCUGAGGGGCCUGCUGAACCUGCUGCUAGAUCUGAGGGGCCUGCGGAACCUGCUGCUAUAUUCGAGGGGGCUGCAGAAUCUGCUGCUAGAUCUGAGGGGCCUGCGGAACCUACUGCUGGAUCUGAGGGGCCUGUGGAACCUGCUGCUAGAUCUGAGGGGCCUGCGAAAUCUGCUGCUAGAUCUGAGGGGCCUGCGGAACCUGCUGCUAGAUCUGAGGGGCCUGCGGAACCUACUGCUAGAUCUGAGGGGCCUGCAGAACCUACUCCUAGAUCUGAGGGGCCUGUGGAACCUGCUGCUAUAUCUGAGGGGCCUGCGAAAUCUGCUGCUAGAUCUGAGGGGCCUGCGGAACCUGCUGCUAGAUUUGAGGUGCCUGUGGAACCUGCUGCUAGAUUUGAGUUACCUGCUGAACCUGCUGCUAGAUCUGAGGGGCCUGUGGAACCUGCUGCUAGAUCUGAGAUACCUGCUGAACCUGCUGCUAGAUCUGAGGGGCCUGUGGAACCUGCUGCUAGAUUCGAGGGGCCUGCGAAAUCUGCUGCUAGAUCUGAGGGGCCUGUGGAACCUGCUGCUAGAUCUGAGGGGCCUGCUGAGCCAGCUGCUAGAUCUGAGGGGCCUGCAGCACCUGCUGCUAGAUCAGAGGGGCCCUGGGGAACCUGCUGCUAUAUUCGAGGGGCCUGCAGAAUCUGCUGCUAGAUCCGAGGGGCCUGCGGAACCUACUGCUGGAUCUGAGGGGCCUCUAGAUCUAAGGGGCCCUAGGGAACCUGCUGCUAGAUUCGAGGGGCCUGCGGAAUCUGCUGCUAGAUCUGAGGGGCCUGCGGAACCUGCUGCUAGAUCUGAGGGGCCUGCUGAACCUACUGCUAGAUCUGAGGGGCCUGCAGAACCUAAUCCUAGAUCUGAGGGGCCUGUGGAACCUGCUGCUAUAUCAGAGGGGCCUGCGAAAUCUGCUGCUAGAUCUGAGGGGCCUGCGGAACCUGCUGCUAGAUUUGAGGGGCCUGCGGAACCUGCUGCUAGAUCUGAGGGGCCUGUGGAACCUGCUGCUAGAUCUGAGGGGCCUGCGGAACCUGCUGCUAGAUCUGAGGGGCCUGCGGAACCUACUGCUAGAUCUGAGGGGCCUGCAGAACCUACUCCUAGAUCUGAGGGGCCUGUGGAACCUGCUGCUAUAUCUGAGGGGCCUGCGAAAUCUGCUGCUAGAUCUGAGGGGCCUGCGGAACCUGCUGCUAGAUUUGAGGGGCCUGUGGAACCUGCUGCUAGAUUUGAGUUACCUGCUGAACCUGCUGCUAUAUCUGAGGGGCCUGCUAAAUCUGCUGCUAGAUCUGAGAUACCUGCUGAACCUGCUGCUAGAUCUGAGGGGCCUGUGAAACCUGCUGCUAGAUUUGAGUUACCUGCUGAACCUGCUGCUAGACCCGAGGGGCCUGCGGGACCUGUUGCUAGAUCUGAGGGGCCUGCGGAACCUGCUGCUAGAUCUGAGGGGCCUGCGGAACCUACUGCUGGAUCUGAGGGGCCUGCGGAACCUGCUGCUAGAUCUGAGUUACCUGCUGAACCUGCUGCUAGAUCUGAGGAGCCUGUGAAACCUGCUGCUAGAUUUGAAUUACCUGCUGAACCUGCUGCUAGAUCUGCGGGGCCUGCGGAACCUGCUGCUAGAUCUGAGGGUCCUGUGGAACCAGCUGCUAGAUCUGAGGAGCCUGCAGAACCUGCUGCUAGAUCUGAGGGGCCUGCGGAACCUGCUGCUAGAUCUGAGGGGCCUGUGGAACCUGCUGCUUGA